UCCGCCGCUUCUCUAUUUCAGAUUCUCUCUCAGAUUCAACUUGCAAUCUGUUUGUUAGAAUUGGAAACAUUUUGAAACAUUCCACAUUUGUUAUUCAUUAAACUUUUAAUAGUAAUAUUAAAAAUAAAUUAGCUAGGGCUCUGAAUAUUGCAGCAGAUAAAAGUAUGUACUGAGAUUUGGAGGGAAAAGAAUCUUUCAACAGAAGAAUGAAACGAAGUGGUCCAUCCAUAUAUAGGUUUGAGAGGGUGAAGAGGGACGAGUGCCCAACUUGUGGACAAACAGUUCAAGGAAGUGGUGCAUGCAAAAGUGAAGAAAGCUCUGAAAGUGAAUACAUAGAAAGCUCUGAAAGUGAAGGGAGCUUACAAUACAGAGAAAGCUCUGAAAAUGAAGGGAACUUGCAAUACAUAGAAAACUCUGAAAGUGAAGGGAGCUUACAAUACAUAGAAAGCUCUGAAAGUGAAGGGAGCUUACAAUACAUAGAAAGCUCUGAAAGUGAAGGGAGCUUACAAUACUCUGAAGAUUUAUUGAAAGCAGAACGCGCUAGAAAAGAGGCAGAAGCAAAACGCGCUAGAAAAGAGGCAGAAGCAGAACGCGCUGUAAAAGAGGCAGCUAGAAAAGAGGCAGAAGCAGAACGCGCUAGAAAAGAGGCAGAAGCAGAACGCGCUAGAAAAGAGGCAGAAGCAAAACGCUCUUGGAAAAAGACAGUAGCAGAACGCGCUAGAAAAAAGGCGGAAGCAAGACGUGCUAAAGAAGAUUUCGUAGCAGAACGCUCUAGAAAAAAGGCAGAAGCAGAACGCGCUAGAAGAAAUGCGGAAGCAAAACGUGCUAGAGAAGAGGCGGAAGCAGAACGCGCUAGAGAAGAGGCGGAAGCAGAACGCGCUAGAGAAGAGGCGGAAGCAGAACGCGCUAGAGAAGAGGCGGAGGCAGAACGCGCUAGAGAAGAGGCGGAGGCAGAACGUGCUAGAGAAGAGGCGGAGGCAGAACGCUCUAGAGAAGAGGCGGAACGCGCUAGAGAAGAGGCAGAACGCGCUAAAGCUGAGCGUCUUUAUACUCUCUUUCGUUUUUGGAAAAUUAAAUUUCAAGUAGCAGAGAAAGAAAAAAUUGAAAAUUUGAAAGAAAGAAUGCAAGUUCUGAAAAAGAAGCAGAGACGUCCGAAACGUUUGAGACAGGGAGCACGUACAAGCCCAGUCCUCACACGGUCGAGAAGCUUUGCAUAACUUUAUAAUUAGCUGAAAAUUUAGGCUAUGUUUUUUUUUUUUUUUUUUUUUUUGUUUUUUUUAAUGUCCUGUGAAUAUGCAGUAUUUUAAGAAAAUCAAAUGAAAGAACAGUCUUUGUGUUUGCAGUGAACUCACAUUGGUAACCAUUUAAUCAAUAUACAUUGUGUGUCAGAUAUGGACAUUGUUGGAAAAUUUAUAAAAUCUGUAACUGUAAAAUGAGGACUUAAAUCCUCAAUAUCCUCGGUUGUGUGCAUUGCUCCCUACCUCCACCCAUCCUUGUGCAUAUCACUGUCUCAAAGUUGUCAGGAAACUGUGUAAUUAUCGAGCUUGCUGACUAUCAUCUCAGAUUUGUACAUUCAUUUAUAUUCAACAAUUUCGAUUAGAGUGUUUUAGCUGGAACUGUUAGUUGUGUUACAAAAUUUUUGUGUUUAGCUGUUAUAGUGUUACAAAAUCUUUCAAAACAACCUCUUGUAUCAAUAUCCUCUGUUGUAUACAUUUCCCCCACCUCCACCCAUCUUGGCAUUUAUCACUGUGUCUCAAUGUUGUCAAGAAACUGUGUAAUUGUAAAGCAUGCUGACUAUUGUCUCAGAUUUGUACAUUCACUUAUAUUCAAUAAUUUCAAAUUUGUUGUUUUAAUUGAAGCCAGAGGAUAUUCAACUGUUUUCAAAGACUUCUUUCAGUUUCUUAAAAAUAGAACAAAGUUAUUAUCCUGAUAAUAAGCUUGUUUCAUUUGUUAAAUGAAAUUUAUACCACCAAUGAGAAUUUUUCUUGAAUUUUAAAUGUAACUUCUUUUUUUGACAUAACAAUUUUUAUCUCAUUUUAUUUUUUACUUUUCAAUAUGUUAAUUUAAUUCUAUUUAAUAUAAUAUAACUUUUAAUUACAUUUUUAUCGUCACUAAAACAAAUGAUGGAUGUAUUUCAAAAGCUAUAUUGUUUUUCAUUGAUAUUUCAGACCAUUAUAAUUUCAAUUUUUUACUGACUAUUGAAUAAGAAUUUUUAAUAUUUUCCUUUCCUCUGUUGUUUUUUGCAAGCAGAAUAUUCAUUGUUAUUUUGCUGCAUCUAUUGUCUUCUAAAUGCUCCAUUCACCCAAAUUUUAUUCUAAUUUAUAACAAUUUUGUGAGAAAUUUCUAGACUUCACUCUUAAUAAUGAAGAACUUAACAAUAAUAAUAAAAUCUCUGAACUUUUUAGUUGAUAUUUUUAUUAAAUCCUCUGUGAUUUUAAGCUUAGUUAAUUUCUCACAUUUGCACAAUUGUUUUUCUAAUAUUGUGAAGACAAGGCAUACAUGACAGGUAUUAUGACAUACGUUUGUUCUUUAAAAGAUCUGCUUCUUUUUAUUGCAAUAUAAAUUGUAUUAUUCUACGAUGCAUAUUUAUCGAUAAAUUAGGCUUGAAAUAAUUUCUCUUCACAAUUCCUUUGAAUUCAAGUUUUUUAGAAAUACGGUAAACAUAACAGUUGGUUAUCAGAAAAAUAUUUCACCGCACUUAUUUUAAUUUCCUGUCUUUGAUGAUGCUGAAGCCUUAUUUGCUAUUAAUAAAAAUAUUUUCCAUGAAUGGAGAUUCAAAUUUUUUACUUAACACAUUCUUUAUGUUGUUUAAAAUGUCAAAUUGUGUUCAUAAUUUUAUGGGGAUCAAUAUAUGUGAUCAUCUGAUAUUUACAUAAGAGCAUUUUAUUUUUUAAUAUAUUGUCUCUGAAACAUUGCAAAUUUAUUCAUGUCUGCUUUUUGUAGUUUUCAUUUUUGGCAUGGUUUUGUACAUUUUAAUGAAAGUGCCAUUUUUAUUCUUUGCUCUGUCAAUUGUUUGCAUAUGUGUAAUUUUUAAGAUUGUGAGAAUCAUUUUGUAAUUUUUAAAAUUUGAUAUAAUCAGAAUGUAUAUUAUAAUGUUUAACUGUAGUUUCUUUUCUGUACCUGCUGAAUUAGUAGAUUUA